AUGUUGAACAUGCUGCCAAGAAGCAAAAAACAAUAUUCUGUGAAUCUCAUGCUCUUGCUUACUAUUUUUGUAGAUUAUCACGGUGAUGGAAAUGCAAACAACAGAUCAGGGCAACCCAGAGAAAAUCACAUCCGUGGACAGCAAGUUGAGACGCACACUUCCGAGCAGACACAAGUCAUUACCUCCUACACCAAUGAAGGAACGCAUGUGACGGUAGAGAUACAUCCUAGAAAUACCACCCCACAGUUACUCAAGAAAUUUUCCAUGGGAAAAGGAAUCCAGAAGCUGCCCAGUCUGACAGGCCAGGACAACAAAGGUUUUCAAGAGAACAAAAAUAGCAGACCACGCCUGCCUACUGGAAAAGAUCUGCACGCCUAUCCAUGGGACAAAUCCUCUCUGAAAUCUAUACCACUAGAUCUGCAGAAAUUUGAGAAGCUGGAUGCCUACGCCUCAAAGGUGAGCGUCAAAAGCAGCAUAGAGGAACUGGUGAGAACUCUGCUUCUGCAAGCCCGAACUGAUCUGGAGAAGGUCAGAGCUGUAUGGAUGUGGAUAUGCCAUCACAUAGAAUAUGACGUAGUGGAAUACCAUAAUAAAAGCCAGCGGUCCAGUACACCAAUGGAUGUGCUUCAGACGGGGAAGAGCAUUUGCGAGGGAUAUGCCGGGCUCUUUGAACAGAUGUGCAGGAUCGCAGGUAUUCAGUGCAUGAAGUUGUCAGGAUAUUCUAAAGGGUAUGGCUAUAAAACUGGACAGACCUUUCAAGGGGAUUCUGACCAUGCCUGGAAUGCAGUUUACCUGGAUGGAAAGUGGCAUCUGCUGGACAGCACCUGGGGAAGCGGCUCAGUUGAUGAUUCCUGUAGGAAUUUCACAUUCAGAUACAAUGAAUUUUAUUUUCUUACGCACCCGGCCCUGUUUAUUAAUAACCAUUUCCCAGAAAACAGCAACUGGCAGCUUCUUAAGCCCACUUUGACGCUGAAAGAGUUUGAGAACAACAUGUGGCACAAGAGUAAUUUUUAUACAAUGGGCAUGCUGUGCGCACACCCGGACACACCCAUCAUCCAAACAGUAAAUGGAAAAGCAACCAUCUCCGUCGAGAGCCGUUCUCCAGCAUUAUUUAUGUAUAAGAUGAAGGGAACAAAGGAACAUGGUUUAAUGACUUUAAAGAAAAAUGAGAUGAAGCUGGAGGUCUACCCCCAGAUGACUGGGAAUCACAAGUUAGAGGUCUUUGCCAAGCCCCACAAAGGCUCCGAGGACCUCUACAACUGUGUGCUGGAAUAUACCCUUGAGUGCAACUCUGUGGACAAAAACAUUUGUUUUCCAAAAGACCUCCAUCAGCCUGUAGGGCCCAGCUGGUUCACAGAGCGACAAGGGUUCCUGAGGCCAUCACACCCUGACCCCAUCAUUCACACCAAUGAUGGCCGGUGCUCCAUCACCUUUACCUUGAGCAAAGAUCUAAGUGUCUUAGCCUCACUGCACUCUGAUAACAGCAGCUUAACUGAGGAUGUGACAAGGCGACACAUCAUGCAAAUCCAUCGUGGAACCCAGAUUGAGUUCAAGAUCCAUCUCCCCCACUCAGGGAACUUCGUUCUUAAAAUCUAUACCAAGAAGAAGGCUGACCCAGGCAACUACAAUUAUAUCUUCAACUACCUCAUCUCCUGCCCAAACACUGAAGUGAAAUGGCCAGUUUUCCCCCAGUAUUACAGCAAAUGGGCAGAAGACUACGAACUACUGGAACCCCUUUCUGGGUUGCUGCCAGCCAAUCGCAACGUUCAUUUUAAGCUCAAGCUGCAUGGUAUAGCCAAGGUGUUUGUUCAGUGUGAAAACACUUGUCCUCUGACAUUGAGUAAAGAUGGCUUCUGGGAAGGAACCUUUAACACUUCUGGAUGCACAGAGGUAUUUGUCAUGGUGCUAGAGAAUGCUAACCACAAGUUCUACUCCCAUAUCUUGAAGUAUGAAGUAGAAACCCAAUAAAGUCUCUCCCUAACUUGCCCAAAACAACAUUUCAGCAUGUCCAAGAACUGUAUCAUUUUAUGUGAUCAUUAGCUCCCUUCCUCUAGCAAAUAUAGAACUGUGUGUUCAUAUUUUUGGAAGAGCCAGUGCUUGAACAAGAUCAAAACAACCAAGCAAAGAUCUGUAAUUGUUAUGAAGGGGGCAGUAGGGUAGGGACUUCAAAAUAUUACACCAAUAUUUAGGCAAUACCAUCCAAAAAAUGAAUCAAGCAAAGCAAUUGACUUUGUCCACAAUUCAUUAAGCAACAACGACUGGAUCCUGAAACAUCAUGCAUCACAAAAGAAGAUUUACCAUAGCAACUUUGAGUAGCAAUAUGGCAUGGAAGUAGUUUAAAGAUCUUUCAACCAGGAUUUCUGUGCAUUUCUAGCUUGGCAGCAAAAUACAUCCCAGGGAAGAGACAUGCUAUUGGGAGAAGUUUCAUUAAUUGAAGGCUUUCUUGUGCACUUCAUUGUCUUAUAAAUCUACAUUAUAUUCUAAAGUGACUGUUCUUACAGCUUUCAUCUUAAAUUUAAUAAAUGAUUUUUACCUCAUUCAUAUUUUUACACGAAUUGGAGCAUUUGAGUUAUAAACACUUCAGCUAUAAUGUUGUAGCUAUGUUGUAGCUAAUUCUGUUAUCUUGGCCACAAAAUUGGUUCUCACCUUUACAAAGAGAAACAGUUAUACUGAGAUUAACAUUAGUUCUCAAAGCUAAUAUUUAAAAAGGACCCUAACCUGUUUAUACAGGACAGCAACUACUGAACUUGAUAGUUAUUUGGGAUAUUAGCCCGGAAGAAAAAAAGAAUAAUCAAAGGAAUUUGGGUCCAUACAGAAAUGUGACUGCUAAUCACUAACUUUAUACACAAAACCAGUCUGUGCCCUAAACACAGAAAAAAUUGCAUGCAAAAAUCAGAGCGGUCUUCUUUUUCGCCUUACUUUAUUAAUCAAUGAAAAAAAAUGUGCGACAAACCACAAAAUUAAACUUCCUAUUCAUAAAAAAUGUAAAAUGUCCAUAAAUCUGUGUGAUCCAAG